UUCUCUCUGCGAGGCCACCAUGCGAGAGUUUGUUCUGCCGGAAAGCAGCACGCCGCCGCGGCAUUUCGCGACGUAGGCGGGGCAAGUUCCUGGAAGCACUCCGACUGCCUCCUUCCAGCCCGGCUGAAGUUGGCGCAAUGUUUGGUGCAGGCGACGAAGACGACUCCGAUUUCCUCUCGCCUAGCGGCGGUGUCAGAUUGGCCUCACUUUUUGGAGUGGACCAGGUAGCUGCUGGCCAUGGAAAUGAAUUCUUCCAGUACACAGCCCCACGGCAGCCUAAGAAAGACCAGGGGACAGCAGCAACAGGAAAUCAGGCGAUACCAAAAACAGCACCCACCACAACAGGCGCCUCUGUGGUGUUGGUUGCAACCGCAGUCCACGCAUAUCGAUACACAAAUGGCCAAUAUGUAAAACAGGGCAAAUUUGGCGCCGCAGUCCUGGGGAAUCACACAGCCAGAGAGUAUCGAAUUCUUCUUUAUAUCAGUCAACAACAGCCAGUUACUGCUGCCAGGAUUCAUCUGAACUUUGAGCUAAUGGUUCGGCCCAGUAACUACAGCACCUUUUAUGAUGACCAGAGACAAAACUGGUCCAUCAUGUUUGAGUCUGAAAUGGCUGCUGUGGAGUUUAAUAAACAGGUAUGCAUUGCCAAGUGCAACAGCGCCUCCUCCCUGGGUGCCGUGCUCUCACAGGACCUCAGUGUAACAGAGGGCCCUGCUGUGGAAGCUGGAGACUCUUUGGAAGUGGCCUAUACCAGCUGGCUCUUUCAAAAUUAUGGGCUAGGCCAGGUUUUCGAUUCCACUGCUAACAAAGAUAAGCUGCUUCGCCUGAAAUUAGGAUCAGGAAAAGUCAUGAAGGCCUGGGAAGAUGGCAUGCUGGGAAUGAAAAAAGGGGGGAAGCGGUUGCUUAUCAUCCCUCCAGCCUGUGCUGCUGGUUCUGAAGGAGUAGUAGGAUGGACUCAGUCAACAGACUCGAUCCUGGCUUUUGAGGUGGAAAUCAGGCGGGUCAAGUUUGCCAGAGAUUCUUUCUGUGAUGGGCACAGUGUUAGUUCCUGGGAUUCUGUGGCCCCUUCUUCCAUACCUCUCUCUGCUGAUCCUGUUCUGUCAACACCCACAUCAGUGCCUUUCAAAUCAGGGGAGCCAUGUCUUACUCUUCGUACCAAAUCUAAUUCCCUCAGUGAACAGCUGACAACAAAUACAAGUCCUGAUACAGUCAAGGCCAAGUUGAUCUCUCGGAUGGCUAAGAUGGGCCAGCCCAUGCUGCCUAUCCUUCCUCCCCAGCUGGAUUCCAGUGAUGCAGAAAUCGAGGAUGUGAAUGCUUUGCGAAGCUCUGGGCAGCUCAUGGCGACUCUGUCCAUGCAGCCGUCUCUUCAGCCAGUCCACCCAGUGUUACCGCAGAUGACUUUACAAGUACCUCAGUCAUCUGCUUCUGGGCUCCAAGCAACCUCUGCUGCCUUAAUGCAACAAAUUGCAACUCUCGAUUCCCACUCAGCUGUGUCUGGAAAUGCCCAGGCCUUUCAGAUACCCUAUGCAGGUAUGCAAGGCUACAUUUAUCCCCAGGCAGCAACCAUCACCUCCCAGCUGCAGCCCCCGCGGCCCUUGCACCCAGCACCACUCUCUCAUUCUCCCCAUUCUCAAGGAUCAGGUGACAUGGCUUCAUUUCUGUUGACUGAAGCCCGGCAGCAUAACACUGAAAUUCGAAUGGCAGUCAGCAAAGUGGCUGAUAAAAUGGAUCAUCUCAUGACUAAGGUUGAAGAGUUACAGAAGCAUAAUGCUGGCAAUUCCCUGCUCUUUCCUAGCAUGUCAGUUUCAAUGGAAACAAGUAUGAUUAUGAGCAACAUCCAACGAAUUAUUCAGGAAAAUGAAAGAUUGAAGCAAGAGGUCCUUGAAAAGAACAAUCGGAUAGAAGAACAGAAUGAGAAGAUCAGUGAACUGAUUGAACGAAAUCAGAGGUAUGUUGAGCAGAGUAACCUGAUGAUGGAGAAGAGGAACAACUCACUUCAGACCGCCACAGAAAACACACAGGCAAGAGUAUUGCAUGCUGAGCAAGAGAAGGCCAAGGUGACAGAGGAGUUAGUAGCUGCCACUGCUCAGGUUUCUCAUCUGCAACUGAAAAUGGCUGCUCACCAAAAGAAAGAAACGGAGUUGCAGAUGAAGCUGACAGAAAGCUUGAAGGAGACAGACCACCUCAGGGCCCAACUCUCCAAACUGCAGGCAGAGCUGUCAGAGCUCCAAGAAACCUCUGAGCGAGCACAGUCCAAAUUCAAAGGUGAAAAGCAAAGCCGGAGACAACUGGAGCUCAAGGUGACAUCCCUGGAGGAAGAGCUGUCUGACCUUCGAUCUGAGAAGGAAUCUCUGGAAAAGAACCUCUCAGAAAGGAAAAAGAAGUCAGCUCAGGAGCGCUGUCAGGCUGAGGAGGAGAUAGAUGAAAUUCGCAAGUCAUACCAGGAGGAAAUGGACUCACUUCGACAACUCUUGAAAAAGGCUCGGGUGUCCACAGACCAAGCAGCUGCAGAGCAGCUGUCUGUAGUACAGGCUGAGCUACAGACCCAAUGGGAAGCAAAAUGUGAACAUCUGUUGGCCUCCACCAAGGAUGAGCACCGGAAACAGUACCAGGAGGUGUGUGCACAGAGAGACACCAUCCAGCAGAAGCUCCUCCAGCUUCAGGAAAAGUGUUUAGCUCUCCAGGCCCAAGUCACAGCCCUGAAAGAGCAAAAUGAACAGCACAGCAAGGACCUGGAGAAGAAUAAGGCCCAGGAGCCUGGGAUGGAAGCCAUUGCUACUGACCCCUCAGAGAAGAUAAAGAAAAUCAUGAACCAGGUGUUCCAGUCCUUGCGGGGAGAGUUUGAGCUAGAGGAAUUUUACAAUGGCAGGACCAUUCUGGGAACCAUCAUGAAUACUAUCAAGCUUGUAACUCUUGAGCUUUUAAACCAUCCUGAGCGAGAGAAGGGAGAGAGCAGCAGUGAAGAGGAGGAAGAGGCAGAGCGACCUCGGCAGGCUCCCCAGGAGCAGUCGGUCUCAGCGGGCUCUGGACUGUCUCACCUACCCCUGCGCAGGGAGUCCGCCAUGCUGCUGUCAGAGCGGGCAGGCCGGGAAGCUGUCCCACUGCCUCCUCAGGCCCCGCCCGGUUCCCAGGAGGAUGUGCAAGUAAGGGAAGGGGAGCCCUCGGCAGCAGAGGUGCUCUUGGAGAUAAAAGACGAUUCCCUCCCACCCGAACUGGCUUACAUCCCCUCCCAGAGAGCUCUGGGCCCCCCAGCUUCAAUCCCUCCCAAGCCUCUGGGUCCUGCCCCUGGGGACUCUGGGUGUGAGGAGACACUUGCUGCCAGUCCAUUGGAAGACGCCUGUGUCGGAGAGCAAGAAAGUGCCACGAGACUGUCCCUGGCUUCAGACCCCAAGAAGGGGGACCCGCUGGCCUUAGGCCCUGAAACUCCAGGACAGCCUGAGCCUGCAGAGCUCAAGAAAGAUGAGGAUGUCACUGGCUCUGCUGUUCCCUCCAAGGAGCCGGGCAGCACAGAGGCAGGUUCUCCUGCUGUAGAAGCAGCACCGGGCCCCAACCACUGUUCUCAGCACUCCAGACUUUCUGGGGAUGAUGACAAUGAACUCUUUAAAAGGGCAGCUCUUAAAGUUCCAAGGCCCAAAGCACAGCCUGAGGAGGAAGAUGAAGACGAGGUGAGCAUGAAGGGACACCCGCCCCCAACACCCCUUUUUGGAGAUGAUGACGAUGAUGAUGACAUUGACUGGCUGGGAUGAAGACCCAGGAAGCUGGUGCAAAGGUUCUCCACUGACCCUUCCCUAAGCAUGAUUUUGCACAGCCAGCCCUGGGUCUAGACGAGCCACAGGGUGUGGUGAACAUGAGCAUUCUAAGGCCAGCAGUUCAGAUCUCUGAAGUAGCGAACUCCUGGGCCCCCUGCCUGGCAGGGUGAAGAGGAGUGUGAGCCUGUCUUCAGAAUGCUGGGGUUGCCAGAAGCCCACUGUGGUCCUGCCUCAAAGUCCCAUUUGGAGGGAGGGAUUGUUGGUUCCCCUCCAGCCAGUCACCUGCAAGGGUCUUGCCCUCUUCCAAGACUCCUUUUAGUCUCUUCACUAACUUGCAGACUGAUCUGCCCCCCAGUGCCCCACUGUGCCCCCGCAACAAGACCUGUCAGCUGGGGCAAGGUCUCCUGGUAGAACCAAGGGCGGAUUAUACCAUCGAAACCUUGGUGUGGUUAACAGAAUUGCUGGCAGUCUUGGGACAUGUGUCUUUUCUCUGCCUUAAAUCUGAUACAGGAGGUCAAUGGAUAUUUGAAAUUAAUAAAACAAAUAAAUAUCUGCAACGAAA